UAUCCGAUGCUCAGACACAGUCUCCUCCACCUGACAACACAAGCUCGCCGUUAUUCUCUCUUUCACCGUCGUCGUCUCUCAAACCAUGACCUUUCCAACUUAACCCGACCCGAAUUAGUCAACCGAAUAUGCAACCUUUUAAUCCUCCGUCGCUACACUCUCCUUCAAACCCUCACAAUCCCAUUUUCCGACCAACUUUUAAACCAAAUUCUAACCAAAUUAAAACUCAACCCAACUGCCUGCUCACAUUUCUUUCAAUUAGCUUCCAAGCAACAAUCGUUCAAACCCCAUAUCAAAUCUUACUGCAAGCUAGUACACAUUCUUUCUAAAGCCCGGUUUUUCGACGAAACCAGGGCCAAUUUGAGGGUUUUAGUAGGGUUUUGUAACGGAGAUGGGAAUGUGGGGUUGUUUAUUUGGGAUGAGUUGGUUCGGGUUUAUCGAGAAUUUGGGUUUUCGCCGACUGUUUUUGAUAUUGUGUUGAAGGUUUUUGCGGAAAAUGGGUUGGUUAAGAAUGCACUCCAGGUGUUUGAUGAAAUGUGUCAGUGGGGUAGAGUUCCUAGUUUGAUGUCUUGUAAUUGUUUGUUAAGUGGGUUGGUUAGGAAAGGUCAGUUUGGGGUAGUAUUUGACGUUUUUGAUCAGAUGAAAAGAGUCGGGAUUGUGCCAGAUGUGUGUACAGUUAGUAUUGUCGUGAAUGCGUAUUGUAAGGAUGGAAAUGUGGAUAGAGGGGUUGAGUUGUUGAAGGAAGUUGAGGAAGAAUAUGGAGUGGAGCCAAAUGUAGUGACGUAUCAUAGUUUGAUUAACGGGUAUGUUGGUUUGGGUGAUGUGAGAGGUGCGGAACGAGUCUUGGAGUUGAUGAAAGGUAGAGGGAUGAAGAUGAAUGUGGUUACGUAUACCUUGUUUGUUAAGGGAUAUUGUAGGUUGGGGAAAGUGGAUGAAGCGGAAAAGGUGUUUAGGGAUGUGAAAGUAGAGAAUACGUCGUUGGUGUUGGAUGAACGAGCUUAUGGUGUUUUGAUAGAUGGGUUUUGUCGAAUUGGGAAGAUGGAUUGUGCUGUUAGGAUUCGUGAUGAGAUGUUGAAAACAGGAUUGAAGGUGAAUAUUUUUGUGUGCAAUUCGUUGAUCAAUGGGUAUUGUAAGCUUGGUCAACUUGAUGAAGCUGCAAGAGUGAUAGCGAGUAUGAAUAAUUGGAAGUUGAGGCCGGAUUCUUAUAGUUAUAACACUUUGUUAAAUGGGUAUUGUAAGGAAGGUAAUACAACUGAGGCUUUCAAGCUUUGUGAAAAGAUGGUCCGUGAUGGCAUCGAUGUUAGUAUUGUCACUUAUAAUUCUUUGUUAAAAGGCUUUUGUCGAACUAAUGACAUUGACAAGGCGUUGAAACUUUGGCACCUUAUGAUAAAAAGAGGCUUAAUGCUUAAUGAGAUUGGAUACAGUACUUUGCUUGAUGGUCUUUUUAAGGUUGGAGAUUUUGAACGAGUUUUGACAUUGUGGAAACAGUUUUUAGGUAGGGGUUUUAUUAAACCUGUAAUUGUGUUUAAUACAAUGCUUAAUGGACUAUGCAAGAUGGGAAAAAUGUCUGAAGCGGAGCAGGUUUUUGACAAGAUGAAUAGACUUGGUUGUCCACCAGAUAGAAUAACAUAUAAUACUCUUGCUGAUGGUUAUUGCAAAGUUGGAAAGAUAGAAAUGGCUCUUAAAAUUAAGGAUACCAUGGAAAUAAAAGCCAUACCCUCGUCCAUUGAAAUGUAUAAUUCACUUAUUACUGCAUAUUUUAGGUUUAGAAAGAUAAGCAAAGUUACUGAAUUACUCAAGGAGAUGCAAAUCAAGGUGCUAAUCCCGAACAUUGUAACGUAUGGUGCCCUUAUCUCUGGUUGGUGCAAUGAAGGGAUGUUGGAUAAUGCCUUUACUACGUAUUUUGAGAUGAAAGAAAAAGGCUUAGCUCCUAAUGUGGUCAUAUGUAGCACAAUAGUGAGUGCACUAUAUAGGUUUGGAAUGAAUGAUGAAGCAAACAUGCUACUGCAAAAGAUAAUGGAUUUUGAUCUUCUACCUAGAGAUAAAAGUUUUGAGAAAUUCUUUGAAUGUGACACGAGGAAGUCAAAUAUCCCAAAAAUUUCAAAUAUAAUUGAUGGAAUUGUGGAAGACACCCGUAGUCCCAACAAUGUUGUGUAUAAUGUAGCUAUUGCAGGGCUAUGCAAACUUGGAAAAGUUGACGAUGCUAAAAGAUUCAUUUCUGCAUUGUUACAGAAAGGGUUCAGUCCUGAUCAUUUCACUUACUGUACCCUAAUUCAUGCUGUGUCUUCUGCUGGUGAAGUUGAUGAGGCGUUUAAGCUACGUGAUGAGAUGCUAAAGAAGGGUCUUAUUCCUGACAUUGCUACAUACAACGCUCUUAUGAAUGGUUUAUGUAAAUCAGGUAAAUUUGAUAGAGCAAUGAGACUCUUUUACAAGCUCCGGGCAAAAGGGGUUGCCCCUAAUGUGAUCACUUACAAUACUUUGAUAGACUGCUGUAAGAAGACUGGAAAUACUUGUGAGGUGAUUAAACUAAAAGAGAAAAUGGUGCAUGAACGCGUCGUUCCUUUAGUUGUCAAGUAUUCUGGCUUGAUCAAUUGUGCUCAUAAGAAUGGUGAAAUGAUUGCAGCUGCUAUGUAAAACAUUGUUUGCUACUUUGAGAAUUAUUGCAGAUUUGCAGAGCCUACCAUGAUAUGAGUGAUGUUUAAGGACUUAAAUUGCAAGGAAGGCAAUGCCAAUCAGCUCAUUAUCACUAGCUCACCCAUAAUGCAGAUACUUUUGGAAAACCUGAUUUAGCAGACCACUUCCCAAUACUUAAACCAUAUGAUCGACCAGGAGUUUUUUUCUGCGGCAAAUAGCACGGUGAAAAGGACCAUGGGAUUGGCAAUUGCUGUGUUACCAAAUGCCCAAAGAAUGUCUAAAGGUUCGUGUGAUCUUAUGGAAAUUACUGGGAGGACUACAUUAAUAUUGACAAAUUGGACUUCUUUAAGUUUUCAAACCUAAUUGCUGUUGCCACAAAGCGUUUUGGCUACACCUUCCCAUCCUAUACCUAGGCAAUCAUGCAUUAGGAUGCACUAAUCCUGUGUAACGUAUGGGCUAUUGUUUAAAGGUCAUAUGGUCUGAACGUCAGAUGUUCAUUCUAGAUGGGUUUAUCUAGUGUUGAUUAUAGAGGCCAAGACUUUGAGUUCAUUCCUUUUGUUUAUGGGAAAAGAAUCUGUUCUCAUUUGCCGCUUGGUUAUAGAAGGGUGCAUUUGAUGUUAGACUCCCUGAUGAGCUCUAUUUUAUUGGAAACUUGAGGGAGAUAUUAAACUGCAUGAUAAGGAUAUGGCCUAUGGGCAAGAAAUUUGGAGUAAUGUUACGCUAAUGUUCUCAUACAGAACCAUGGCUGACACUACAGCUGCAAACACAUCAGGAUGUCAGGUGAACUCGAGAACUCAACCGCGGCAUCAGCCGUAUAUUUCAUUUUAGAAUCAUGAAUAGCAAACACAUCAGGAUGUCAGGUGAACUCAAGAACUCAACUGCGGCAUCAGCCGUAUAUUUCAUUUUAGAAUCAUGAAUAAUUGUUGUCUUUUUAACAGACUAACACACAGUUAGCAUUGGAGACUGCCAUAGUUAUCUGGUUAGCUUGCUUGCUUGUUAAAGAGAUGUAUAUGUGUUUACGUUCUUUGUUAUUAAUUUAUAUACUUGCACAGCCAACUUGAUUAAUGUUUUUGUUUUGAAAUA